GGCUGCACGGAGCGCCGAGCGGACAGCCCAGCACCCCGCGGGCUGCACUCGGGCAGCACCAGAGCGGGCCUGGCAGCAGUGGGCGCUCGCGAUCUUCCUCUGCCCGACGCGCUCUCCCCCAGGGCCCGGCCUCCUGCGUCCCCUCCUCCUGCUCCUGCUCCUCCUCCGGCUCCUCCCCUCGGAGGGACUCAGCUCCGAGCCUCCCGCCUGCAAAGUCGCCGGCGCGCAGGCAACCGUGAGCGGACGCCACAGCCAGCCGCGUCUCUGGGUGCCCGCGCCCCUUCUUCUCUCCUGCCUAUCCCGGGGUGUCCCGAACCUCGCUCCGCCGGCCACCGCUGCUCGACGGCGCUGCCCAUGGCCCAGCCCGAGAGCCGACUUCGGGGGGCGGACCUGCUGGACCGCAGCGCAGCUCAGUAAUUGGCUGCCUGCGACGCCCAUGUGUCACUGACCAGGAGGCAUUUCCUGCGGUGGCGCUUCAUGACCCAGCGACGUCCGGCCUAGCGAAGCCCCCGUGGUGUCCAGCAUGGCCACGCUGCUCCUGGGCGCGGCGCUGCUGGUGGCACAGCUCCAGCUGGUGCCUUCCCGCCCCGGCGCGCCCUGGGCGGAACCUGGACCACAGGAGCUGGUGUGGAAAGCAGCCACCCUCCAGGACCAGGCCCUGGACGGCGCGGCCCCCAAUGGCUCUGCCAGGCAACUCCCGCAGACCAUCAUCAUCGGCGUGCGCAAGGGCGGCACCCGCGCGCUGCUGGAGAUGCUCAGCCUGCACCCCGACGUGGCGGCCGCCGAGAACGAGGUGCACUUCUUCGACUGGGAGGAGCACUACAGCCAAGGCCUGGGCUGGUACCUCAGCCAGAUGCCCCUCUCUGCCCCCCACCAGCUCACCGUGGAAAAGACCCCCGCGUACUUCACGUCGCCCAAAGUGCCUGAGCGGGUCCACGGCAUGAACCCGGCCCUCCGGCUGCUGCUCAUCCUGCGGGACCCGUCGGAGCGCGUGCUGUCGGACUACACGCAGGUGCUGUACAACCACGUGCAGAAGCACAAGCCCUACCCGUCCAUCGAGGAGUUCCUGGUGCGAGACGGCCGGCUCAACGUGGACUACAAGGCGCUCAACCGCAGCCUCUACCACGUGCACAUGCGCAACUGGCUGCGCUUCUUCCCGCUGCACCGCAUCCACAUCGUGGACGGCGACCGCCUCAUCAGGGACCCUUUCCCCGAGAUCCAGAAGGUGGAGAGGUUCCUGAAGCUGUCCCCGCAGAUCAACGCCUCAAACUUCUACUUUAACAAAACCAAGGGCUUCUACUGCCUGCGGGACAGCGGGCGGGAUCGCUGCUUGCAUGAGUCCAAAGGCCGGGCGCACCCCCAAGUGGACCCCAAACUCCUCCAUAAACUGCACGAAUAUUUCCACGAGCCAAAUAAGAAGUUCUUUGAGCUCGUGGGCAGAACAUUUGACUGGCACUGAUUUGCAAUAAGCUAGGCUCCGAACCUUUCCGAUACUGUAAGUUCUGGUGUACAUCUAGGGGGGGAAGACGUUUUAAAAGGCAUUUAAGCUAUAAUUUAUUUGUAAGAUCCAUAAAUGACUUCUGUACAGUAUUAGAUUCACAAUUGCCAUAUAUACUAGUUAUAUUUUUCUACUUGUUAAAUUGAGGGCAUUUUGUAUUGUUUUUCAUGGUUGUUAACAUUGUGUAAUAUGUCUCUAUAUGAAGGAACUAAAAGAUUUCACUGCAAAAAGAAAGAAUAAUAAAUUCUGGAGACGCUGUCUUUUUUGAAUAUAA